UGUAUUUUAGGACGGAAAAGUGAUCGUAUGGGAUGCAUUUACAACAAAUAAGGAGCAUGCGGUGACUAUGCCCUGUACGUGGGUCAUGGCCUGUGCUUACGCCCCCUCUGGAUGUGCAGUGGCUUGUGGUGGCUUGGACAAUAAGUGCUCUGUGUACCCUCUAUCCCUGGACAAGAAUGAAAACCUCGCCGCUAAGAAGAAAUCAGUGGCCAUGCACACCAACUACCUGUCUGCAUGCUGCUUUACUAACUCAGAUAUGCAGAUCCUGACGUCUAGCGGUGAUGGCACGUGUGCUCUGUGGGAUGUAGAGAGCGGUCAGAUGCUGCAGAGCUUCCAUGGACACGCGGCUGAUGUGCUGUGUCUGGAUCUGGCACCCUCUGAGACCGGAAACACAUUCGUUUCAGGGGGCUGCGAUAAGAAGUCUUGUGUUUGGGACAUGCGCACGGGACAGUGUGUCCAGUCUUUUGAGACUCAUGAAUCAGACAUCAACAGCGUGCGGUACUAUCCCAGCGGAGAUGCUUUCGCUUCAGGCUCAGAUGAUGCUACUUGUCGUCUCUAUGACCUGAGGGCAGACAGAGAGGUGGCCAUUUAUUCUAAAGAGAGCAUCAUAUUUGGAGCCUCUAGUGUGGAUUUCUCCCUCAGUGGGCGGCUGCUGUUCGGUGGCUACAAUGACUACACCAUCAACGUGUGGGACGUUUUAAAGGGCACCCGCGUGUCCAUCCUGUUUGGACAUGAGAACAGAGUUAGCACGCUCCGCAUUUCUCCGGACGGAACGGCGUUCUGCUCGGGAUCCUGGGAUCACACAUUACGGGUCUGGGCCUGAAUGUUUGCUGAACCUCUGCUUGUGUUUGACGUCUGGAUUCACGGAUAAGCUGCAGACUGUAAUAGUGUGUUGAGCUCAGUAGAGGAUAUGAUACAGAGGGAUUGUAGUGCAUCCAACUCUAAUCAGCACAUUAGGCAUGCUUGGUAUUAUGGGAUGGACUUGGAUGGUGUGGAUGGCUUCUGUUUCUAUGACAGCGUUCUAGUUUAUGUGUAUGAAUGUGUUUGAGCUCAUGAUCCAAGAAAUCAUAUAUCUAAAACAUUAAUCUAAAAAUAUAAACAUAUUCCAUGUUGUUUAGGCCUGUGCAUGAGGUUGAAGCACAGCAGAGACCCUGAUGUCUCGACUGACUGCUUGAGUUGUUAUGAGUCAAGAUAAAGAUUGUUUAGCGGACUCUGUUUCUAAUAUGCAAGCGAACAGAUUUAGUUAUUGUCUCUUACUCGCUAUGGUCUCAUUGUCUUUUAAUUACUAUGCCAUUAUAGUUGUUCUUUCUUACUGUAGCAAAGUGUAUACACCAUUAUAUCAUAUCAUAUAGGUUGUCAUAUCGACACAUAUAUCCCUGCACCUAAACCAAAUAAAUGGAUUCUAAAUGCUUAAA